UUAGCGCGUUGUUUGUCUUUGUUGUGUGUCGGUUUGGUAGAUUUUCGCUGAUGAACGCAAGAAACUGUUCUUGAAAAUGUUAGGGUCUUGCAGUUACGUGAUCGACGAAGAAGUCGAUGACAUCUGUGAUGACUUAAACGACAGCUUUCAAACGGUCAGGAAGGACAAAUUCACGGUUGUUGUGGAAGGAAAUAUAGGAAGUGGCAAAUCGACCUUUAUCGAGUAUUUCAAGGAUAGUCCAAAUGUCAAACUCAUCCCGGAGCCUGUUGGAAUGUGGAAGAGUGUCAACGGGAAGUACAACACACUUGAGCUGAUGUAUAAGGAUGCAAGAAGAUGGAGCCUUGCAUUCCAGUCUUAUGUGCAGCUGACCAUGUUAGACAUCCAUACGAGAAAAGUGGAUGCGCCAGUGAAGCUGAUGGAGCGGUCCAUCUACAGUGCUCGGGCAUGUUUCUGUGAGAACCUCCACGAUGCUGGCCUCAUGCCUGGUAUCGACUACGAGGUGCUCAACGAAUGGUAUCUGUGGAUCGUACAGAAAAAGACGGCUCCGGUUGAUCUUGUUGUAUACCUCCGAACUGACCCUGAAGUGUGCCAAGAGAGAAUUAGAAGACGUAACAGACUUGAGGAGGAGGCCAUUCCUUUGAGCUACCUUGAGAAAUUGCACACCCUCCAUGAGGAUUGGCUAAUCACUGGGAACCAGUUCAAACUGCCCGCUCCGGUGCUCACCCUCGAUGCGAAUAAAGAUAUAUCUGAACUCAAAGGAAUCUUUGCGAAGCACAAGCCAGAAAUUCUGUGUGGAUUUGAUUGAAAUGAUGGAAGUUUAGUGGGCUACCUCUGUUUCAGAUUGGUGGUCUGUGGACCGACAGAAAGAUCUUCACAAGCAAAAUGUUUUAAUAUUGACUUAUUUAUUUGUUAUUAAGAGUAGCAACAAAAACAUACUGCAUGUCGGUAUAAUUGAGGUAUGCGACAGAUUUUCAAUUUCAUGAAUUAAUGUUUUAUCAUAAUAAGUAAAAAGCGUCUGUGAUCAAUGGCCCAAGCCAAUAUUGGUCUUUUGUAUCCAUUUAACUGGGGGUGUCGUCCUCAUAAGCAAGGCAAAUCGCUAUUAUAUGUUACACAUGACCACAUGACUGAUGUCCACUACACAUUGCCGUGAAUUUGUAUUGUCAAUUCACAAUAUGAUGCGUUCGUACGUGAACAGUCCGGAAUGUUCGCCCCAUAGUAAAUGACCUUGGUGCUAUUCUUGCCAUCUCCAUUCCAUUGGUGUGAUGAUGUAAUAUUUUUCUGUACUGCCAGCUCUAUCACUGCCACUGUAUAGGCUGCAACAUUGCAUGUUAUUCUACAUCUUGUAUAUAGUUUCUUCAUUCCAUUGCUUUGUAUUGAAUGCGUAGUACUAA